CGCGGCCUGCCUGGACAGAGGGGAGCACGAAUGCCGAGCUCUCGCACGUGGAGAUGCCAGACAUCGAGGAGAAGUACGGGUUCCCGCACUGCACGGGGCACCGGUCGUCGCUCGCCGGCGGCCUGUUCAACGGCUGCAAGAAGGAGAAGGCCAUCAAGUUCCACUUCUCGACGGCGCUGGUGCGGGUCAACUCGUUCGGGCCCAGGCCGAGCAUCACGCUCAAGCCCCGCGACGGCGACGAGUACACACUCGAGGCCGACAUAGUCCUGGCGUCGGACGGCAUCAAGUCGGUGACGCGCACGCAGAUGCUCGCCGAGCUGGGUACGGAGUCGCAGGAGGAGGACACGGGCCAGGCGGCCUACCGCAUCAUGCUCAAGCGGUCCGAGAUGGAGCACGACCCGGAGUUGCGGGAGCUCAUCGACAGCGACACGGUGGUGCGCUGGGUCGGCGAGCGGCGCCACAUCAUCGCGUACCCGGUCAGCAGCAAGCAGAUCUACAACCUGUCGACGGCCCAUCCCGACAUCCACUUCGCCUCGGCCACCAACGCCACGUACACGACGCGGGGCUCCAAGUCGGCCAUGCUGCAGAUGUUCGAGGACUUCUGCCCCCUCGUGCACCGCAUGCUCAACCUGGUGCCCGACGGCGAGGUGUGCGAGUGGAAGCUGCGCGUGCACAAGCCGCUGCCCACCUGGGUGCGCGGGUCGGUGGCGCUGCUGGGCGACGCCUGCCACCCGACCCUGCCGCACCUUAGCCAGGGCGCGGCCAUGGCGAUCGAGGACGGCGCCGUGCUGGCCGAGGUCGUCAGCCGCAUCCCCGCCGACAAGGUCCACGACCCGGAGACCAUCACCAAGACGCUCAAGGUGUACGAGCUGCUGCGCAAGCCGCACUGCACCGCCCUCGUCGACCUGGCCACCCACUCGGGCCGCAUCCUGCAUCUCGGCGAGGGCAAGGCCCGGGAGGAGCGCGACCGCGAGUUCCGCCUCAACGGCAAGAACGGCUCCGUCCCCGACAAGUGGGCCAGCCCGGACGUGCAAAACAUGAUUUACUCGCACGACUGGGUCCAGGAGGCCAUUAAUAGGUAUGAUGAGCUAUAUGCCAGCUUGUGAUGAUGAGGACCGAUGAGGGCAAGGGGGAAAGGAAGAUGGGAAAGUGGUGCUCCACGGGAAAGGCGGAGGAUGGUUCCUUUCAAAAGCACCGUUGGGAGCAAUGGAAAUUGGUGUGUGGGAAAUCCCAAUAUCAUCAUCAAUGAUUCCUUGGCAAUCCCAUGAAAAAAACAUACCCUAGAAAAAGCAGAUACCUUAGAUGAUUACAAAACCUACCAAACCUGCCCGAAAGAAAAAAAAAUUAAGACAAGGAAAAAAGAACACCGCAAACGCCCAAUC